AGUGAAAAUCGCGCCAUGCGAAACAGCCUAUAGACGUUAAUUUUUUGUUUGUGCGCUGACGACGAACGCAGCGCACAUGUUUUGCGCCCAGGACGCCCCUAAGUGGCAGGUUCUGAUACUAUUCAAACGGAGACAGAGGCGUGCAGCUGCCGGUGCCGGGUGCUUGACAGAACGCAAGCAGCGCAAGGCGACCCGACCGCAAUUCCCCAUUAGUCGCAGCGGGGUCGCAACGAUGCCGCGGUUAUCGCUGGGGCUGUUUUUAAGCCCGCUGGUCGGAGUGCUGUGACCGCUUACCUGAAUGCGAUCGAGAAGCGACGGCGGCCCUCUCCUCGUCACCUAUGGUGCUAGUGAUCACCGGACGCUGGGAAAUAGAGAGGCCGAGGGCAGGGUGAGGUAGAUUUUAAUGAAGAGAAAGGAGGAGAGGUCUGCCUGGAGAGCGUGUCCUUAGCCUGCUACUCCUCGCUGAGAAAAGGGGAAGUGGGAGACACAGGGAAAGCGGAUUCGGCAUGGAAUAGAGCGCGAAGCUCACCUGGUGACCUCCCAUUCAACAGCUACGUUCCGUCCACGGCUUUCGCAUCAGAAGCAGACGAGCGCUGUGCACCAUGGCCGUUCCAGCAGCGUCACCCUCGAAAACCGGCUUGCAGCCUUCCAUUGGAUUCAUUGACAGCUGCUGGACAGUUCCGUUCAUCACGGCUUUCAUGAGCCUCCUUGUCUCCAUUCCACAGACCAACAGUGGCUUGCUGUUCGUCCUGUUUAUGGACGGAUAUGGCGUCGAUCGGCAAACAGCCUCAUGGCCUAGAACCAUGCAGACAGUGACGACCAGCCUUAUGGGUUUUGCACUCGGAGCUAUUCAACACAGAGUGUCCAUUCACAGCACGAUACUGGCUGGCGCCCUUCUGUGCCCUGUGGCUAUCAUCGCCAGCGCCUUUGUCCCAAACAUGGCGUGGAUGUCCGUAACCUUGGGAGUUCUCUACGGGGCAUCGUUCGGCGCCCUUACUAUAGGAGCAGCGGUGUACGUCGUCUGCUAUUUUGAAGAGUACCGAGGCUUCGCCACUGGUAUCAAGUUCCUGGGCGUUUCGGUGUCAGGAAUUAUCGGACCUUCACUCCUGUCACACUUGGCGUCGGAACAUGGUCCAAAAGGCUGCUUCCUUAUUGUGGGAGCACUGACGCUGAACCUGAUUCCCCUUACUUUUAUGCUGCGAUACGCCAAACCGGUCAGGUGGUCGCGUUGCAGACACAAGACGGCGUCGGGCGAAGCAAUGAAGGAUGCGCCCGCCACCUACGGGGCGACAGCGCAAACUCAAGACUCCAGUGCUAGUAAUUAUACUAUACAACAGCCAGUGUUCGCACUUGACACUGAAUUAGGGACGAGCAACGGUGAGGUCGGCCAAACUGCAGACAAUAUCGGUACCAAAAGUGCAGUGGAUGUUGCGUCAAAGCCUUCGAUGUGCUCUGCUACACCAUCGGAUAAACCUCUGGAACGGCACAGCACUCCCUUGGGUAUUAUCUCGCAAGUUAUUGAGGUUUUGCGAUCGCCAUGCUUCUAUAUUCUCUUGGUGGCUAUGGUCGCGUCAGACUUUACUCUUCCGCUCUUUGGUUCGACUAUAGUUGACUAUGCAGUGGACAAAGGCAUAGCAUUGAACGCCGCCGCGCAGCUCGUGACGUGCCAGUGUUCAGGAGGGUUCAUCGGACGCCUCUUCAUUCCUCUGAUUACUGACAAGCUCGCGCACAGCCGUUGCGCCAUCACAGCCCUCAGCCUGGCAGCAUUGGCGCUGUGUUUCUGGGUUUUUCCCCACGUUGGCAGCUUCGCGGCCCUGGCGGUGGUCAGUUUCGUGACCGGUGUUCAGCAAGGUUACCUGAACGCCUUCAAGUCCGUCCUGGUAGCGGACUACCUGGGCGUGCACAGUGUUGCAGUGUCCUGGGGUCUCAUGGGCGUGGCAUUGCUACCGCUCGUAUUCUGCGAACCUUCUAUCGUGGGUGCAUUCCGUGACGUGAGGGGCUCGUACGACAAUCUCUACCGAAUGUGCGGUGCCAUUGACCUGUUCGCCGCGCUCAUGGUGUGUGCGCAGACCUUCACUGACGCCAGGAAGAGGAGAAGCAAUGUGCAAACGCGCUCCUCGAACUAAGUUCACGACGAGCUAUUUCUGCAAAUGCCUCAACCAGAUGGAGACUGCGGAGUCAUAACAACAUUUCCUUUUAUCACCAGUCAAGAAACAAUUCCAGAACAGCUGGAAUGUGAACGACAAAGAUGAUAUGUAAGCGGCUUUUAAUCCUGAUAUGAACAGGACACUAGAAAGAAAAAUAAAUUGAAGAUUUUUACUAUUA